AGUUGGGAAACUUUGUUGUGAAGAUAUCAUUUUGAGUAAGACAAAGUUGAUGAUUAAUAUUAAAAGAUAUGCCAACAGAUUACACAUAAAUAAGAAGCUCUGACAACCUCCAACUCAACUCAACUCCAUCUCCAACCAUCCAACAUUUCUAAGAAAUGGGCAAUGUUGCUUCUUGUACUCCAACCAAAGGUGUGUUCAAGGUUUUACUCUUAGAUGGAAGAAUAGAAGCAUACACAAAAGCAAUAAAAGCUGCAGAGUUAAUGGUAGAAUAUCCCGGACAGUUUGUCUGUGACUCAAGCUACCUCAAAGUAGGACAUCGAAUUCAAGGACUAUUAGCCGAUGAAGAACUCGAGAGGCGCAAGUUUUACUUUCUUCUACCAAUGGAACUUCUAUACUCAGUUUUAACUCAUGAAGAAAUGAGUUCUCUUAACUAUAAAGCGUCGAGGGCGACGAAGCAUGCGAGUUUGAACAACUUGGGAAAGAUAUUUCCGGUUUUUAGUGAGUUCUGCAUGUUUCCUAAUUCAGAGGCAAAGAGAAUAGUAUUGGAAGGUGAUAAGAAUGGGGUGGUAAUGGAGACAGAACAUGUUCAAAGGUACUGCAAGCAAAGAUCUUGGAGACCAGCACUGGAGACAAUUGAUGAAACUCCAUGAAGGCCUUAAAUGAAACUCUCUUUUUCUUUUUUCUUCAAUUUGGUUUAUUUGUAUUUGGUAGAAAUUCUUGUAUUUUUUUGUAAGAUAAAGUUAGAGUUAGUCUAUAUGAUUAUAUGAUUUAAUUUUUGUAUUCAAGGCCACUUGUGUAACCACAAUAGUAACUAAAUGAAAUCCUUGUAUUGUAAAUCAUCCAUGCUGGUUUUUUUAUGGUAUU